AUGGCUCAGGCGUCAAACUGCUCGUAUUGGGAGAGGAUCCUCGGGACAGGGUGUUGGGAGAUUGUCAUUGGUGGCCUCCCCGGUGGGAUGCUCCGCUUGCAGGAAUCCGUGCCUGAGAUCGUUGGGCAACAAGCAAUUCACGAUCGUCAUGUUGAGGUGAGACAUUGGGUUUCAGAAUAUAAGAUAACUGGUGCUUUUUUCCCUUCCAUCUGUUUUGAAACAGACACGGUUAAGGCUGCCCAUGGAAUGGUUGGUGGCACUCAAGGCUCUGAAUGCUCUGCAGAAUCGACAGGCACAGAACAAAGGGAUAUAUUGCAACCGAAUUCUGUAUUGGAUAUUCACUUGGAGUCAAUGGACCAGGAUCAAGGCCACCGGAAGAAGGUUCAGUUCAGGGGAAAUAACACGAGGUUUCCGUCCUCUCAUCCAAAUGAGCAAGAACACCCACACACAAUCGUAGCUCAAGCAUGGGGAAAAACUCCGCCAAAUACAGGACGGAAGCGAGGGUCCCGCCCACCCCUACUGAGAUCAGUUCCCUCGCCCAGCCAUUCAGCCCACAUGAGGAAAAUCUUCCAGAAUGCUACUACGUCCCUGCACUCAGCCGGGCGUAUAUUGGGGUCCUCAUCCAUACCGAGAGUAUUAGCAUCUGAGGGCGUGGAUAUUCAAAUUCAAGAUAAUGAUACCUACGAGAUCUCGGAGAAGCGCUCGGAAGACAAUCAUUUUACAUUUACUGAUCAGCUGCCUUCACCGUUGCUGCUGCACCCUGUAGUAUCUCCGAAUGGGACGCGAUGGACAGCGGUACCAAUGCCGGAUGAGCCCAUCAGCAGCGGAUUCCAUUCUCCGUACUUCCCUCAUCAAACUUCCUCUCCGAGUUUUGCCAAUUCGCAGUAUCUAAGCCGAAGUAAACCCAAGAGAGUACCUCUGCCUCCCUACCAUACAGGUAGUUCGCCAUUGGAUUUGGCAGAAACAAAACUUGCCCAACGUUUCCAAGACACUUCCAUUUCUAACGUCCAGUCCUGGCUCGAUGGGUUAUGUGACGAACCUUCAAGUGGCAUUCACGAAUGUGAUGACUCUCCGUCUAUGAACAGGGUGAAAAGGGAAGAAUCGUUGGUCCCUAGCCAACACCACACUUCUCUUGGAAGUAACACGGAAAACAAGCGACAUUCGUCAUCCACCUUUAUAGUCCGGGUUCUAAACCAGCCUCCUUCCCCGGCGGGUAAAGAUUCCGACUCUCUGUUACCUAUAGACUCUUCCCCCACCGCUAUCCCUAGGCCCAACAGAUCUAAGUAUAAUGCUCCUUCAACUCCUAUCCUUGUACGCAAACCCCACAAAUGCUACACUUCCCCAAGGUCUCAGGGAAGAGGACACAUCUCACUCACCCUCCCACGCGGCCACUUCAUGCUCCCACCACGACGAAAAAGGACCAGGGCAUCUUCGAGUUCCCUGCCUCAGCAAUCGCCUCCCGCGUAUGGCAUUACGCAGACAUUCGAGGUUGCGGAAGAUGGAAUCUCUGACAUUCUAGGAAAACGCUCUUUACCAACAAGCUAUCAAGAGCAGGUGACAUUGACAGGAUUAAGAGAUUUGAGCCCUCAUGUGACACCCUUUCGCAAAGGUAAAGGGCCCAAAAGAUCCAGAUGCCCCAGCUACUAUGAUGAAGAUUUCCUGCAGGAAGCUCGGCUCGAGCGAGAAAAAAAGGUCUCAUCUACAUCAUCAGAGAUGAGCAAGGAUAGCUGUAAAGUUCCACUUGAGGAGACUCAAGACGUGCAGUUCACAGAGGAACCAAUUGAUCCAAAUCGUGACUAA